UAUCGCCGUUUUUGAAUGAAUAGGUAAUCCUAUGAGUUUUAAAACUAUUAGGCCUAUAAGGAAUAGAUAGGUACCUAAAGACUUUUUUAUAUCUUUAUUUAAGCGUACCUAAUAGACUUAUAUGUAAUUUGUUGUUGCAGGGCGGCCGCUACAUAACCACAUUUUUGGGGUUGCUCUUACAAUUUGCAACGGCUGAAAAUUAAACAUUAAUGAACCGACAUAAGUAAUUAAUAUGAUAGUUUUAAAUGCAUUGGCUACUUAAUUUAAUUUUAAUUAAUGAUCUAUUUAUUAGGAAUAAUUAGUGAUGAAAUAAAAAUUGUGCCUGUCACAUAAUGCUGGAAUUUUAACACUGAUAUAUUUUACCAAAACCAAAAUCAUAUUAUUGUUGUACAAUGUCUGCGUCUCACUGUACAACGGUGUACGCGUGGGCCACAGUUAUUGGUGCUUUUAAUGGAAUUAGCAAUACAAACCCAUUAGGGACGUUUAAAAAGCUUCACGUUACGCGAUUGUACUUACACAUUCCGGGAAACCGUCGCAGUUUUGAUCCACGCCCUGAAAAUAUCACCCAUUCAUUCACAUCGUUCACGCUGGAUAUUUGAAACAAAUAAUUUAUUAAAUAAUAAUCCUAAAUAUUAUCAAACGAAAUAAAAACACGUAAGUAAUGAUCAUGAUCAUGCCUAAAACUAAAAAAUCUACUCCCAAAAAAGUGAUAACAAAAAUACCUGAGAUAAUAUCGAAACAAACGGUGUUAGUUUUACAACUAAUCGGCAUUAGUGUUUUCGAAGUGUAUUACGAUAAAAGUAACAAAUUAGCUAAACGAGUAUCCUACUUGGGAAUAUUUGGCAGCUUAUUUUGGUUGGGAUCGUUUGGCUUCAGCGCGAUACAUGCAUGCGUAAACGACCACACGAUACUACGAGCCUACUAUGACACCAAAUUAAAAAAUUACGGCGACGCCUAUGAAAGAAUUACAUCUUUAUUGUACUCCGAAACUGUCAUACUCAAGGUAGCAUUGCAAGUUAGUUCUUGUUUGCCCUUUACGCAAUAUAUAGUCGACAUCGACAAAACUCUGGCAAGCCGUGGUGUGAAGGUAGACUAUCAGCACAAAAAGACGUUUUUUAUAACAACUUUACAAUUGAUCCCCGUGGUACUUCGAGCGCUCACAAUAUGUGCAACUCUAUGGGCGAUUGAUGCAGUGAUUCCAGUAGACAGAAUAUUUCAGCUGACUCUUACCGAUGGAGUGUCGCUUAUGGCUACGACUUUCUACUGCCACUACCUCUAUCUACUGAUGGAUCGAUAUAAACAUAUCAACGAAAUCUUGAGUGGCGUGAAAGAAGAAGUUACUAGUAAAGUUCGAAUCGACGCUGCUACGAUUAUACUGGAAAACGACAACUUUAAUCUUGAAAAUGCCAGGAGGACAGAGGACAAUUGCGAGCGAAUUCGAUUAUCAUCUAAAGUUCAUAGCAUGUUGUUCAAAGCUACGGCCACCGUGAAUGAAGUAUUCGGCAUGAUACUUUUGGUGACAUCACUGUUGCCACUAAGUUAUAUAAUACUAAAUAUGUUUUACUUCAUGGAAGCGACCUCAGCUGGUUUGGCCCAAGACGUGAAGAGAUAUGUGAAUUUCUUACUCUACAUAGCCUGGGCGGUGCUCUACAACGUAUUGGUGAUCUUCAUGAAUGUCUACUUCAGUGAGUCUACCGUUUCAGAGGCGAAAAAGACGAAUAUUAUUGUUCAUGAUAUAUUAAAUUCUGAAGUUAGUUCACAAGUUAAGAAAGAGGCCCGCCAGUUGUCCCUGCAGCUGUUGCACCAGACGCCCGCGUUCACGGCCUGGGGGCUCAUCACACUCGACUACGCUCUCAUUCUGGAGGUACGGUGA